AUGUCUUGGCUACAAAGAACACCAAAACCAUCUUCGCCUUCACCAGCACCAAGAAAUAAACAAAACGAAUCACCUUCACCAAUUGUACCAUUAGAAAAUAAUAAUAAUAAUAAUGAAAGUUCACCUGAUACAUCUAGUUCAGUAGUUUUUAAACCAUUAGUUUCACCGACCUUUAAAAAUCAUAUAGGUGUUAAUAAUAAUAAUAGCAAUAAUAAUAAUAAUAGUAAUAAUAAUAAUCCAACUUCACCAAUAGUUUUAAUAAAACCAACGGCUUCUUCACCGGCAAGACCAAAAUAUCCACCACCACCAGUUCCAUCUACAAAACCAAUAAAUCAAAACAAUAACAACAAUAAUAGUUCAACAUCACCAAAUAAACCAAAUUUAUCAUUAUCUUCACCAAAUAUUACCCCUACAUCCAGCCCAAAUGUCAAUAGAAAACCACCAAAUUCACCACUACCACCAUUACCAUUACCUCUGAAUGGAUACCCAUCACCCAAUGCCUUUUUAAAGUCAACUAGAAGUCAGAUGUCAGCACCAGGAUUGCUGCAACACCGCACCAUUGGCUCACCACUUGGCAGCUCCAGAAUGCAGUCACACCAGAAUCUAUUCGGUAGUCCCGGUGGUUCACCCGGUGAGAAAACCCGAAGAAAACGUGGUGUCACGGUGGCGGUGUCAGACGACCUCGCAGAGUCACGUCGUAUCGUAAUGAUGGGUCCAUCGCCAUCGUUCACUCGUCCACGAAGCAAGUCACUCGAUAUUCUCAAUUCCUGGGACUAUCUGCCGUGGGAAGCGCGCCGUGAGUCGUUCGACGACGACGACUCGCCAACCUACGUUGCCAACGACGACUUUGGCGUCGCCGAAGAAUAUAGAAUAAAGACACCCCGAAAUGGCACCGCUUCAACUUCGUUCACCAAUCUUCUCAAACUAUCGUCUGGCAUACUCAGAGGAUCGAUUUCAGACGAUGGCGAUAGAGAGUUACUGCCACAAGUAGUAUCAUCAACAACAACAACAACAACAUCGUCACAGCAAACCCAUCCACUUAAGCUUUCCAAUAACACAAUCGAACGUCCAUCCUCUCCAAAAACCGUUUUUGAAACCGAAGAUAAUCAUGAAAGUAUUAAACAAAAUAUUUUAAUUAUAUUUUUAAUUUGGAUUGAUUCCAAUUAUUGGGAUUUCCUAGACAAUGAACAGAUGCAUCAACAGCUUAUCCAAUUCUCACUGAAACAAAAUUCGAAAGCAUUGAAAGAGGCAAUCGAUAAACAAUUGGUGAAUAGACUCAAUUUGGAUCAGUUGUACGAAACAAUGAGAACAGAGUUGUUGUCAUCACCCAGAAAUAUAAACAAUGCAGCGGCUGGAGUUAAGCAAACCUACUCUGCUCACCAAGUACAAGAGUGGCUAAUGAGACAUCUUACCAUUGGUGGUACAGCCGCUGACCUUAUCAUUCACACAUAUAUCAUUAGCAAGCGAAUUAUUACUUCUUCGCCACCAACCAAAGCGAGUACCAAACCAAUGAUUCAAAGAGAUGAUAUAUUACAAUUUGUACAUUCAUUACAACCAAGAGAGAUCUAUUCAAAAUCAUUCUUGGAUCACCAUCCACAUGAUAUUGCUAAGCAGUUGACGUUGGCAGAGUUUUCGUUGUUCCAAAAGAUCAUGCCAAGAGAGUUGUACAAUAAAUGUUGGACCGUUGCAAAGACCAAGUUUGAGACAUCCCCCAAUAUCAUGGCGUUGAUCAACAUGUCGAAUCGUGUUGCCAAUUGGGUCGCCACAGAAGUGGUCACCACUCCUCACCCAAAGAAGCGUGUCGAGGUGUUGAAACGAUUCAUCACCAUCGCCGAAUACUGUAGAAAGAUCAACAACUACAACACGAUGAUGGAGAUCAUCUCGGGACUCAACAAUUGUUCGGUCAGUCGGUUGCGUGACACCUGGAAGUCGCUUCCCUCACGUUACACCUCGUCGUUCAAAUCGAUGCAAGACUUUUUCUCGACCACCGAGAACUGGAAGAUCUAUCGACAGGCUCUCAAAUCACGUGACAUUCCAUCGCUUCCCUAUUUAGGUCUGAUAUUGCAAGAUGUCAAUUUCCUGGAGGAUGGCAAUUCGAAUUUCGUCAACAGCAAUGGCAACAACAGUGCCAAUUCAUCACCAUCGUUACUAUCUUCAUCAACAGGAAUCGAUUCACCACAACAGCAGCAAAUCAAUUUCAAAAAACUAACAUUACUAUCGAAUCUUAUUAAGAAUCUACAGUUUUUCCAGAAGCAUCCAUAUCACAACUUCACCACCAAUCUAAAUGCACAAAACUUCUUGGACAAAGAUAUGCUAAUACUUCCAGAGAAGGAACUGUAUGAUUUCUCGAAAUUUGUUGAAUCACCAACCAAUCCACUAAACAAACUCAACAAAUCAAAAUCAUCUUCUGUACAAAUAUAA